CUGGCUUACUUCGGUGUGAUUCUUCGAUACUCUCCUCCCGUACUUCUCCCAACAAGUAGUCAAUAUGGACUUCGGAACCUCAGGAAUGCUUAAUGAGGAUGGCAUUCACAUCGAUAUGGAUCGCCUGAAGAAGGGUGAAGUCAACCUUGGAACCUCGAUUAUGGCAAUCAACUUCAAGGACGGUGUUAUUCUGGGCGCAGACAGCAGAACCACGACUGGAGCAUACAUCGCGAACCGAGUCACCGACAAGCUCACCCAAGUUCACGAUACCAUUUGGUGCUGUCGAUCAGGAUCAGCUGCAGACACGCAAGCUGUGGCGGACAUCGUUCACUAUCAACUGGGGAUGUACGGUAUCAUGAACGGCAGACAACCAACGACGCAAACAGCAGCCGCGAUGUUUCAGGAGCUGUGCUAUGAGAAUAAGGAUAGAUUAAGUGCUGGUUUGAUCAUUGCUGGUUGGGAUGAGAGACAUGGAGGUCAGGUCUAUUCGAUACCAUUGGGAGGAUCAUUACACAAGCAACCGUAUGCUAUCGGAGGUUCAGGUUCUACCUAUAUCUAUGGUUACUGUGACGCCAACUGGAAGGAGGGAAUGGAUGAGCAGGAGGCUGUUGACUUCGUCAAGGGUGCUUUGCAAGAGGCGAUCAAAUGGGACGGAAGCUCUGGCGGUGUCAUCAGAAUGGUGGUCCUCACGGCCAAGGGAGCAAACAGGCAUUUGUAUCUGCCAGAUACCAAUUACACCGUCCGUCACCAAUAGGCAAAUGUACAAUUAGAAUGGAGCAUUAAUGGCAUGGAG